CAACUUCCAAUUGUGCCAGGAUGGCAUUCACAGAUUUUCAAGGUGCAAGGAAGCUCUUUAGACCGAGUCAUUGUGGAUUUGACAUGGGCGCGUUCCCUUCAGAGUAUCUAUGUAAUGUUAUCAUGUGCACCUAAAUUGAGCCACGUAGCAAUUCUGAGAUGGUUUUCAUCUAGGACACUGAAUUCUGACUUA